AUGGAACAGUCCGGACCUACUGGGGCUCAGGUAGUCCACGCUGUGUUCCGAGAACCAUUGCACGAGAUCCUGGAGAAAGUGAAGUGCGAACCCUUCUUUCAGUGGCCGAACAGGAUGCCAGGAGACCCCUCAAAACGCAAUCAGAAUCUAUACUGUGCGUACCAUCAAAAGCCCGGUCACACCACUGACGAGUGCAGGAACCUGAAAAACUAUUUGGAUCGGCUUGUCCGAGAAGGAAAGCUAAGGCAUCUAUUGCACCGCCCUGAGCAGUCGAAUGUCGAAACCAUACAAGGCGCAUUGAGGCCACCCAUAGGCACGAUAAAUGUCAUUCUUUCCGCACCUAGGAGAACCGGUUCCGACCCGUUCAGAGUAAUGUCAGUGGGUAGGUUCCCGUCAGAGCCAGGCGAAAGAGGAUCCAAGAGAGCCAGAGCGAGGGCCCCGCCAUUAAUCGGAUUCACGGAGGAGGAUAAGGAAGGAACUAUUCAACCCCAUGAAGAUGCCCUAGUCAUGACGCUCAGAAUAGGAGGCUAUGACAAAGUGAAAUACCCGUCAGAAGGUCGAAUCAAAGAGAUAGUAAGGGACCAAGGAAUGGCCAGACAAUGCAUGGUGUCGGCAAUUUCUCGACGAUCAAGCAGCGAACCUUCCACUUCAGCCUGGAAUAGCUUAUAG